AUGACUAUUUACCAAGAAUCAAAAAAAGAUGAAAGUUAUUCAUUAUCAAGUUUUCAAUUACAAGAAUCUUCAUCUAAAGAUCAUGAUAUAAAAACAUCAUCAACUAAUGAAAAAGAAAUUUCAAAUAAUAAGGUACCAGUAAGAAACUUUUUUCAAUCGUUUAAAAUAGAUAGAGAUUUAGAAGCAGAUUAUGAUGUUACGACUCCGGAAGAUAAUUUAAAAGAUUAUCAAGUUAAAUUAAUUGCAUUGGCAUCAUGUAUAGGUUCAGGUUUAUUUAUUAGUUCUGCAUCAAUGAUCUCAUCCGCUGGUCCAGCAAAUACUGUUAUUGGUUAUGCAGUUAUAGCAGUUUUAAUAUUUUUUGUUGUUCAAGCCUUGGGUGAAUUAACUAGUUCAUAUCCUGUUAGAGGUAAUUUCUUGAUUUAUAAUUCAAGAUUUAUUGAUGAAUCAUGGGCGUUUGCAAUGAAUUGGAAUUAUUGUUUACAAUGGAUUGUCACCAUACCGUUAUCAUUAGUUUCAGCUUCUUUAACUAUACAAUUUUGGAAUGAGUCAAUAAACGCAGCUGCUUGGGUUUCAAUAUUUUGGGUUGUUAUAGUUGCAAUCAAUGUUUUUGGAGUUAAAGGUUAUGGUAUUGGUGAAUCAAUAUUUUCAGUUAUUAAAGUUGUUGCAAUUUUAGGAUUUUGUAUAUUUGCAAUCGUAAUUAUUGCAGGUGGAGGUCCACAAGGUUAUAUUGGAGGUAAAAAUUGGUAUCCAGGUUUCAAUAAUGGUUUUCAUGGUUUCUGUAAUACUUUGGUAAAUGCCCUGUUUGCAUUUUCAGGAACAGAAUUGAGUGCAAUUGCAGCUGCUGAAACAUCUAAUCCAAGAAAAUCACUUCAUAGAGCAAUGAAACAAAUAUUUUGGAGAUUAGUCAUAUUUUAUUUAUUAGCUAUUAUAUUAGUUUGCUUUUUAGUUCCAUAUGAUGAUCCUAAAUUAAUGGGUAAUUCAAGUUCAAAUACUUCACCGUUUGUCAUUGCAAUUUCAAAUGCUCAAGUUAAAGCAUUACCAUCAAUUUUUAAUGUUGUUAUAUUAUUGGCAGUUUUAUCUGUUGCGAAUGCUAGUGUAUUUGCAACUUAUAAACCAUUAGUUGCAUUAGCUGAAGCUGGUCAUGGUCCACGAUUUUUAGCCAUGAUUGAUAAAAAAGGUAGACCAAUUUUUUCAAUUAUCAUUGCAUUAGCAUUUGGUUUAAUUGGGUUUGUUGGUGCUUCAGAAAGUCAAUCAAUAGUUUUUGCUUGGUUAUUAUCAUUAAGUGGUUUAUCAUGUAUUUUCAUUUGGUUUUCAAUUUCAUUAGCUCAAGUUAGAGUUAAUUAUGCAUGUAAAGCUCAAAAUAUUGAUAAAAAUAACGUCCCUUUCAAAGCCAUUGGUGGUGAUUAUGGUGCUUAUUUUUCAAUGAUUAUAAACCUUUUAAUAUUAGUCGCACAAUUUUACGUUGCAUUAUAUCCGGUUGGUGGUAAACCCUUACAAGCAUCAACAUUUUUCCAAGCAUAUUUGGCAGUUCCAAUUGUUGUGAUGUUCUACGUUGGACACAAACUUUGGACAAGAAAUUGGAACUUGUACAUUAAAGCAGAAGAUAUGGAUAUUACAACUGGUAGAAACAUAAUGGAUACUGAAGUUUUAAAACAAGAAAUUUACGAAGAUCGCGAAAAUUGGAAACAAAGACCAUUAUGGUAUAGAUUCAUAAAUACUUGGUGUUAA